UCAUUAUAUUGCGAACAUUACAGUCCUUAUUGAGAGAACUUUACAGAAGCCUAAACUGUUAAUACAUUCCAAGUUAUGGGCCGCUUUUUAUUUUGGACGUUGCGUACGAAUGAGUGUUCGCUACCUUGCGACUGUGUACGCUCAACCCCCACACGUCCCAAGAGCGCCCGGCAGUGGGAUACAUGCGAUUUCUAAACACUCUGUUCCACUUGAUUAUUAUUUUUUUCGAGAAUUCGAGAAGAUUUAGUACUAUUACAAAAAUAUUUUACUUCAGCAGUGAGUGUUAGAGGUGCUUUACGUUGUCGUUUCCGCAAGUUUUCUAGCGGUUUUAUUGAGCAUCAAGUUGUGUGACGGGUUCUCUGCUGCCGUGUUGAGAAGUCCAUCGUGAUGAUGCCUUCCGCUCUCGGCGAUUGAGCGAUCAGAAUCGGCAAGUGGACAGAGCGCAUCGGGCAGUGGCCGAAGGUGGACUUCCUUCCGCUCUUUUCAGAUUGGGACAUCGCUGUCACAAAAGCGCUUCUCAAAUGGAGUCCGAACAGAUGGAAAAACUUCGCCAGUCGCAGCUGAAGGGCCUGCGAUCCUGCGACGCGAAGCUCGAGCGCUGGGCGCAGUUCGAGCGCGACUACGAAGCCCUCAGCGAGCGGCUGCGCACGCUGCCCGACCGUGUGAGCCAUGAGGUGAUGGUGCCUCUCAACUCCCUCGCCUUCAUGCCGGGACGGCUCAUCCACACGAACGAGGUACUCGUGCUCCUGGGGGACAACUGGUUCGCCGAGCGGUCUGCGAGCCAGGCGCUGGGCAUCGCCGAGCGGCGCGCCGAGCAAUGCAGAAAGAUGCAGGAGGGAUUGAAAGCCGAGCGGGAGCAGCGCACCAACUGGAUGAAGUACACGGACGAGUUGCACCGCGAGAGCGGCUACGUGGAUAUUCGGGAGCCGUACGACCCGGCUGAGGAGAGCACCUGGCGAGAGAGACACCGCAAGAGCGUGCGUGACCAUCACACGUCCAAGAAGGCUGCCGCAGAGCAGGAGCAUCAGUCCGACACGGAUGUCUGGAAACUACUCGAUCGCCUCGAGUUGCAAGAAGAGCAGGAAGAAGCCCGCGCAGACAUCGCACCCGAGAUGUCGCACGAGGAAGUAUCGCGCAAAGUUCGCUGGCAAGACGAGAGCAGCGGCCACAUCAGCUUCUCUUACUCGUCAAGCGACACCUGCUCAGCGACCACGGCCAGUUGCAGUUCGGACGCAUUGCUGAGUCCGGGCGACAUCUUGCGCAUGUUUGGUGGAUCAGAAGCCAGCGUGGCAAAGUCUAUACUGAAAAAUUCUUUGGACAUGAAGCCGCCGACGCUGCCUAAGGCGUCAGUAUCAUCUCCUGUUGUACCAGCACCGAGAGAAAGGCCGAAGUUGAAGUUUGAUGACGCAUUCACGGGAAAUGUUGUGGAGCACCGCACUAUUGCACCUUCGUCGACAACAAUCGACUUUGAUGUUACUGACGUAGAAUUACCAGCGCCACUCAAUAAGCCAAGUUCGUUGUUUAGGUCAAGGAGGGUAACAAAGCCGUAGACUCGAAGCACUGAACUGUCGCUUGUGUUAUGCUACAGUAAACGACACUGAAUAUUUGUGCGACAGUGGACAAUGCAAUUUCUUUUGUGACCUCGAAAUACUUUCUGCAGCAUUUACAGCUGUCACUAUGAGGUGCCCAAAUACCGUGUGAACUGAUGAGAAACACAUGUUACCAUACACACAAAGUGCAUGUAACAUGUUAGCAGAGUCAGUAUAUUUCAACAUCUUCUAUUGGUUGGACAUGAACACUGAUGUUCAAAAAGCAUCUGUCAGCACAAGACCAUGUGAUUUGCCUUGCUGUAUCAGAACCGCAGUUUUGUCUUGUUCUGAAUUCAUUACGGUUGUGUGGACCACGUGGACAGCAUGGAAUAUAACACCAAUAUGCUAUUGUGUUUUGACUGCAAUGUUCAAAUAGUGCCAUUGUUUUGUAACUGAUAUCAUAAAUCAUUUUGUAUAAGAAA